GUUUUUCAUCGCCAAAGACGGCAGAAUCUAUCUUGGUCACGCGAAACUGGAUCGAGAGAAAUAUCCGAUGUACGAAUUGAUGGUUCGUGCUGAAGAUCACGGAGUGCCCCGCCUCUCCUCCACUUCAGUUGUGAAAAUUCACAUUUUGGAUGUGAAUGACAAUGCACCGAGAUUUGUCUUCCCCUCGUCCAGUAACAAUACAAUCUACGUUCCAAGAUCGACCAAACCCGGAACCGUGGUUGCCCAGCUGUAUGCGAUCGAUGAUGAUACGUAUGAGAAUGGAAAAGUUCUCUAUGAAUUACAGGAGGAUCGAGUAGCACAAACGGGCAGCCUGUUCGCCCUGGAUCCUCAAUCUGGACAUUUGAGCCUGCGGCAUUCAAUAGACGAAGUUGGAACACCAAUGCUUAUGGCUCAAACAGCUCGAAACAGUAACCGAUCAGUAUCCCCAAAACAAGAGAGCAAUCGAACACAAUCACCCGGGACAAAAGAGAGUCUCGGUGAUUCCGUGUUGUUGCCGUCUGCCUACAGUUUGUUUGUGAAUGUAAGUCACAGUUAUUUGCUAUGCACCCCUUUGAAUCCAAACUUCUUUGUCAAAAGAGCUAAAUAUGGAUCAAGUAAUUUAAAGUAUUGCACUUUGAGGCUUCGGGUGACCGUAGAAUUGAUGUUCUAA